AUGUAUUCGUCGUUUGUGCAAAACCAUUCUUCCAUUCUACCGUCUAUUUCCUCCCUUCACACGAAUGGUUAUCUUGAUGAUUUCGGAUACUUCCCACUUUCUGUUCAUGCUGGCCAUCACAUCGACUCCGUAUCAUCUUCCUCUUUACUGUCGACGGCGUGCGACACCAACGCUUCUGAUCAUAAUCCAUUUGAUAUUUCGGCCCCUAUGGUAUUAUCGACUAUUACUCCACAUUGCCUAGCUCUUGCUGAGAUGACACGCACUCUCGAACAAGAACGCAUGGCCAUGCAGAAUGAGUUAGAUCGCCGACUAGAGGAUUCGACCCGCUUGCACACUGUUCAGCUUGCUGAUGUGGAAGCUCAGCGUACCUUGCUUGAAAAUCGCUUGGCUGAUGUCCAAAUAUGUCAACAGCAAUUAUCUGAUGAGUUGAAUGUUGUCUUAAACAAGCUGCAUUCCAAGGUCAGUCAUGAAAGCGAUUCAUAUUCAAUUUAUCACUUUAUUUUAUUAUUCAUUUCCUUUUAA